AUGUACAUCUCUGCUUCGGAUUCUCACUACAACCCUGCAACUGCUUUGCCUCUUUUGUCUCUUCCUCUCACAGAUAUCCCCCUGCUCCCUGGCUCCCCACGCCGGCUGAGCCCUCGGGCAGUGGCCAGAGGUGGCCAGGGCCCCAAACGUGGCCAGCAAUACCUCAAGGUUCCCGGUUCCCAAGCCCCGGGUCCGCAGGGCAGUUCUGACCAUGACCGAGAUUCUGGCCCACCCUCCGGUGGAGGGAGCUCCUGUGGCAGCUCGGUCAUCAAUAACUACCUGGACGCCAACGAGCCAGUGUCCUCGGAGGCCCGUCUGAGCCGCAUGCACUUCCAUGACAACCAGAGGAAGGUCGACUAUGUGCUCGCCUACCAUUACCGGAAACGCGGGGUGCACCCUGGCCAUGGCUCCCCUGGCCCCUCGCUGGCGAUUGUCUCCAAUGGGGAGACGGGCAAGGAACCUCGUGCUGGUGGCCACGGUGACAUUGAACUGGGACCACUUGAUGCCCUGGAGGAGGAGAGGAAGGAACAGCGGGAGGAGUUUGAGCACAACCUGAUGGAGGCCGGGCUCGAGCUCGAGAAGGAUGUGGAGAGUAAAAGCCAGGGAUCCAUCUUUGUCCGGAUACACGCCCCGUGGCAGGUGCUGGCCAGAGAGGCAGAGUUCUUGAAGAUCAAAGUCCCCACCAAGAAAAUGUAUGAGAUCAAAUCAGAAGGCAGCAUCACGAAGAAGUUCAACGAGCUUCUGCAGAAGCUGAGCUCGCCCCUGAAACCUAGAGUUCCAGAGCACAGUAACAACAAGAUGAAAAAUCUCUCCUACCCAUUCUCCAGGGAGAAAAUGUAUCUGUACAACAUCCAGGACAAGGACACCUUCUUUGAUAAUGCCACCCGUAGCCGCAUUGUGCACGAGAUCCUGAAGCGCACAGCCUGUUCUCGGGCUAACAACACAAUGGGCAUUAACUCUCUGAUCGCCAACAACAUCUAUGAGGCUGCCUACCCUCUUCAUGACGGUGAAUAUGACAGCCCAGGGGAUGACACGAAUGACAGAAAGCUGCUGUAUCAAGAAUGGGCACGCUACGGAGUGUUUUAUAAAUUUCAACCUAUUGACCUCAUCAGAAAGUAUUUUGGAGAAAAAAUUGGACUGUAUUUUGCCUGGCUGGGAUUAUAUACAUCAUUCCUCAUCCCAUCUUCUGUAAUCGGGGUGAUCGUGUUUCUUUAUGGAUGUGCAACAAUCGAAGAAGAUAUUCCCAGCAAAGAGAUGUGUGACCAGCAGAAUGCCUUCACCAUGUGUCCCCUGUGUGACAAGUCCUGUGAUUACUGGAACCUCAGCUCAGCCUGUGGUACAGCAAAGGCGAGCCACCUGUUUGACAACCCUGCCACCGUCUUCUUCUCCAUCUUCAUGGCUCUGUGGGCUACCAUGUUUCUUGAAAACUGGAAGAGAUUGCAGAUGCGACUGGGCUACUUCUGGGACCUGACUGGGAUAGAAGAGGAAGAAGAACACUCCCGGCCUGAGUAUGAAACCAAAGUUCGAGAGAAAAUGUUAAAGGCAAGUGGCAAGUCGGUGGUCCAGAAAUUGGGCACCAAUAUGGCUGAGGAUGAAGAUGAGGAUGAUGAAGAUAAGCUGACCUGGAAAGAUCGUUUCCCAGGUUACUUGAUGAACUUCGCCUCCAUCUUGUUCAUGAUUGCCCUGACAUUCUCCAUCGUCUUUGGGGUCAUCGUGUAUCGCAUAACAACUGCAGCAGCCCUGUCUCUCAACAAGGCUACACGCUCCAAUGUCCGGGUGACAGUGACAGCCACAGCAGUCAUCAUCAACCUCGUGGUCAUCCUCAUCCUGGACGAGAUCUAUGGUGCUGUGGCCACAUGGCUCACCAAAAUCGAGGUUCCAAAAACAGAACAGACUUUUGAAGAGCGCCUGAUACUCAAAGCUUUCUUGCUAAAGUUUGUCAAUGCCUACUCGCCUAUCUUCUAUGUGGCCUUUUUCAAGGGGCGGUUCGUGGGCAGACCUGGAAGCUACGUUUAUGUAUUUGAUGGCUACCGCAUGGAAGAGUGUGCUCCGGGAGGCUGCCUUAUGGAGCUCUGCAUUCAGCUCAGCAUCAUCAUGUUGGGGAAGCAGCUGAUCCAGAAUAACAUCUUUGAGAUCGGAGUCCCGAAACUAAAGAAACUAUUUCGGAAGCUGAAAGAUGAGACAGAACCUGGAGAAACUGACUCUGCCCACUCAAAGCAUCCAGAGCAGUGGGACCUAGACUACAGCUUGGAGCCAUACACUGGACUGACUCCAGAGUACAUGGAGAUGAUCAUCCAGUUUGGCUUUGUCACCCUCUUUGUGGCCUCCUUCCCUCUGGCACCUGUGUUUGCCCUCCUCAACAAUGUCAUUGAAGUGCGGCUUGAUGCAAAGAAGUUUGUGACUGAGCUGAGACGGCCAGAUGCCGUGAGAACCAAAGAUAUUGGGAUUUGGUUUGACAUUCUCUCCGGGAUCGGCAAGUUCUCUGUUAUCAGCAACGCUUUUGUCAUUGCCAUCACCUCUGACUUCAUCCCCCGUCUCGUGUACCAGUAUGCCUAUAGUCACAACGGGACCCUGCACGGCUUUGUCAACCACACCCUCUCCUUUUUCAACGUCAGCCAGCUGAAGGAGGGAACGCAACCAGAAAACUCACAGUUUGACCAGGAAGUUCAGUUCUGCAGGUUUAAGGAUUACCGAGAGCCGCCGUGGGCCCCGAACCCAUAUGAGUUUUCCAAACAGUACUGGUCCAUUCUGUCUGCCCGUCUGGCUUUUGUCAUAAUCUUCCAGAACCUCGUGAUGUUCCUGAGUGUCCUCGUGGAUUGGAUGAUCCCAGAUAUCCCCACGGACAUCAGCGACCAGAUCAAGAAAGAAAAGGGCCUGUUGGUGGACUUCUUCCUGAAGGAGGAGCACGAGAAACUCAAGCUGACGGACGAGCCAGCCCCAAGGAGCCUGGGAGGGGGGCGUCGGAGCAAGAGCCGGGCGGCCAGCUCAGCACCCUCGGGCCGAAGCCAGCCAGGCAGCAUCGCGUCUUCUGCCUCACAGCACACCAACGUGUGAGCGAGUCGACCCCACCGCGGGGGCUGCCGCAGUGGCAGGGGACCUCACGGAGCAUGCCUGUGCACCUGCAUGGGAGGGCUGGCUGGCGUCUGCCAGGGCCCGGCCUCAGGGGGUCUUUGCAAAGGUGCAUUUGUGCAAAGAGAGAAGGGUUAGAGCGAGCGAGCGAGCAAGCACAAGCAGGAAGAGAACUGGAGCUGCUUCUCAGAAACUUCAAGCUUAAGUUCCUUUUAGGUCCUCUUUGUAUCCUUUUGGGGGAUCGGCACCCCAUUUUGAGUCACCCGGUGCAAGAACUGGGUAUCUCUACCCCAGAGCUCCCAGGCGCCAUGCACCUUCCUUGCGUUUCCUCAGGUGUCCCCUCUCAUGUGGUCACAGUCUGUGAGAGGAGCAAGCCCCCCUCCUGAGCGAUCCCUCUCCCUUUCCCACCAGCUCCCCAAGCAGACCCCUCUGAGUCGCUUGCAGCUGGGACUGUCACAGCCUCAGUGGGUACAAAUUAAGUCACAGGGCUGAUGGCUGUGGCCACAGGACUUGAUGGUGAGUGGCAGAGGUCCCAACCUGAGCUUGUCUCCAUGUCAUGGGGAUGCUUUGAGCUUGUGCAACUAACCAUCACUUUAUGCAGGUUCAGAUUUAAAGUAAUAA